AUACACGUUAUUGCAAUUGAAUUUUGGGGAAUUUUUUUGGUAAACAAAGACUUGUCUGUAAGUUGUCACUUGAAAGAGCGGUAUAGAGUAAAUAAAUUUGUAAAUAAUUCAUUAUCAUAGGGGUUAAUAUGUCAAAAGUUAGGCGGGCUACCCAUGCAGGGAGUUGGUACACGAACGACGGAAGGGAGUUAAGCAAUCAGUUGGAUGAGUGGUUGUCAAAGGCUAAUCCUUCAUAUUCCCCUGCGAGAGCCAUUAUUGCUCCUCAUGCAGGAUAUGUGUACUGUGGGGCCUGUGGUGGCCACGCCUACCGACAGAUCGAUCCCACCACCAUUAAGAGAGUCUUUGUUCUUGGACCUUCUCAUCAUGUCCGUUUGUCUGGUUGUGCCCUCACAGAAACUUCACACUAUCAAACACCAUUGUAUGAUCUGAUAAUAGACCAGAAAGUAAAUGAAGAGUUAAAUGCCACAAAAGCUUUUGAGAAAAUGAAGUUGAGUACAGAUGAAGAUGAACAUAGCAUAGAGAUGCAUUUACCGUACAUUGCCAAGGUCAUGGAGAGUCGGCGUGGCCACUUCACCGUGGUACCAGUUUUGGUUGGUUCUCUGUCAUCUGAUAAAGAGAAACUGUAUGGGUCUAUAUUUAGCCAAUAUUUAGCCGAUCCUGCCAAUUUCUUUGUGAUAUCCUCUGACUUCUGUCACUGGGGACAACGAUUCCGUUACACAUUCUAUGAUAAAUCUUGUGGAGACAUCUGGCAAUCCAUUGAGGCCUUAGAUAAAAUGGGAAUGGAGGCUAUAGAACAGAUGGAUCCUGUUAAAUUUUCUCAAUACUUGAAAAAUUAUGAAAACACUAUAUGUGGUCGGUAUCCCAUAGGUGUUCUGUUAAAUGCAAUUGAUUCUCUGCGACGAAAUGGAAAUGGACACAGAAUGUCAUUUAAAUUCCUGAACUACGCUCAGUCCAGUCGCUGCAAAAAGAUGAGUGAUUCCUCGGUCAGUUACGCAGCAGGUGCUCUUCUAAUGCAGUAAUCUCCAUGGUAACAGCAUCAAUGGACUAAUAAUAUACUUAAAUUUUUGAUAUGCUAUAUCUUUGGUUAACGCGAGAAUCCACUGUCACAAUUUAGACACACUUGGUAUUGUAUCUCUUGAGUUGGUUGAAUUUUGAUUUAUAAUCAUGUAUACAAAUGUAUUUGCUGCAUGUGAAAGAUGAAUUGCAGUUACUGUGAAGUUGCCUUCUUUUGUAUGAAAUGAAAUGCAUUAAAACUCGGUUUCUUA